AUGAUCAACAAAAAAAUCAUACAGAUGAUACCAAUUAUUGAAGACAGACUCGAAUUUUCAAUUCUAGAACUAGAACCAAGAAAUAUAGGCAAAUAUUUCUACUUUACGAUUGAUGAUAUUCAAGAAUUUCAGUACAUACCUAUAUAUGAGGAUUUUGGUCCACCUUCAUUGGUUCAAAUCGUCGAGUUCAUUAGAUAUGUUGAAAAUUUGCUCGAAAAACAUCAAGAAGUUUUACAUUUUUAUACUUGCCCAAAUAUUCAAUUAAGAUCUAAUGCCUUUAUGUAUAUCAUGGCUUUUAGAAUGUUUCACUUGCGUCUUACUCCCCAACAAACUAUUGAACCAUACAAAUAUAUUACAUAUAAAUUUUAUCCUUUUAGAGAUGCAUCAAUGCUACCAUCUACAUUUGAUCUAACUCACUUAGAUGUACUCUGUGGUCUAUUCAAAGCUGUUUCUCUUAAGUGGCUUAAUAUUAACGAUUUUGAUUCAGUUGAAUUUCAAAGAAUGAAAGAAAUUUCCGAAGGUGAUAUGAGCUGGAUAAUACCAAAGCGACUUAUUGCAUGUGCAACCCCAUACAGCCACUCUCCGAUUUCUGGCGGAAUUAACGUUGUUACACCGGAAACGGCCAUUCCUAAGUUUGAACAAUUAGGUGUUCAUCGAAUAAUUAGACUUAAUAAGCAAUUUUACGAUUCUCAGAUAUUUAAAGAUGCAGGGUUUAUUCAUAAUGAAUUAUAUUUCGAUGAUGGAACGGUUCCUCCAAAGAAUAUCAUUGAAAAGUUCUUUGACUUGAUGAGUGAUGACUCAGAAAUAGUUGCUCUCCAUUGCAAAGCAGGACUUGGGCGCACCGGCACCUUAGCAGCGUGUUAUUUGAUCAGAAAGUUCGAUUUUACUCCACGCGAAGCAAUAGCUUGGAUAAGGAUAUGCAGGCAAGGGAGUAUUGUCGGCCCUCAACAAGAAUUUCUCCUAAAAUUUGAUCAACAAAAAAUUGUACCUCCAAAACCUCCUUCUACUCCUCGAAGCAGGAACCCUAGGAAUAGCUUUAAUAACUCUAAGGGAUAUUAUCUUGGUUCUGUAUUCCCGGAUUUAUAUAAGAAUGCAACCAAGAGAAGAUACUUAGAAACUGCUAAAUCUUCAAGAAUUCCUCAAACUGCACGAGGUCCUUAUAGAUCUCCUUUUCAAAAUGUGGCAAUGAGAACUGCCCCUUCUUCACCACGCAACAAACGAGGAUUUAACUACGCAGAGCUUGCUUUUGAUGUUUAA